GUCUGCUAUGCAGUCAAGCAGCAAGCGGGGGGUUAAGCGCCGUUGGUCCGCCUGGGCGCCUGCCUCGCUCACUUUCCUUCUUUCUCGAAGAUUGCCCUGGCAUUUCUUCCGCGCCGAGGUACCGGUCUAGAUCCAGGCACAAUUUGUCCAAUCCAGUGACCGCUCAAUAUGGCAGAAGAGGUCAUCGUGCCCAUUUACUGUACUGGAGUCUCAGCACAGGUCCAGAAGCAACGGGCAAAGGAGCUGGGCUUGGGGAAACAUGAGAAUGCUGUGAAGUACCUCGGUCAGGACUAUGAGAGGAUUCAGAACGAAUGUUUGCAGAAUGGAGCUCUUUUCCGGGAUGACUCUUACCCUCCUACGGCUUCCUCCCUGGGUUUCAAGGAGCUGGGACCAAAUUCUUCCAAAACAUACGGAGUCAAGUGGAAACGGCCUACGGAAAUGUGCCGCAACCCGCUCUUCAUUGUGGACGGUGCCACCCGUACAGAUGUCUGUCAGGGAGCUUUGGGUGACUGUUGGCUCCUGGCCGCCAUUGCCUCACUCACGCUGAACGACCCCCUUCUCCAUCGUGUGGUCCCCCAUGGGCAGAGCUUCCAAAAUGGGUAUGCUGGCGUUUUCCACUUCCAGAUCUGGCAAUUUGGCGAGUGGGUAGAUGUGGUGGUAGACGACCUCCUUCCAACAAAGGAUGGCAAGCUGGUGUUUGUGCACUCUGCAGAAGGCAAUGAGUUCUGGAGUGCCUUGCUCGAGAAGGCUUAUGCCAAAGUAAAUGGCUGCUAUGAGGCCCUGUCUGGGGGAAGCACUUCGGAAGGGUUUGAAGACUUCACCGGAGGUGUUACCGAGUGGUAUGAGCUCCGAAAGCCACCCAGUGACCUCUUCCAGAUCAUCACGAAGGCCUUGGAGAAGGGGUCUCUCUUGGGUUGCUCCAUUGACAUCACAAGUGCUUUUGACAUGGAAGCUGUCACAUUUAAGAAGCUGGUGAAGGGCCAUGCCUAUUCUGUCACUGGAGCUGAGCAGAUCAACUACCGAGGGCAGAGGGUCAGUCUGAUAAGGAUACGAAACCCAUGGGGAGAGGUGGAAUGGACUGGCCCUUGGAGUGACAGUUCUGGGGAGUGGAAUGUGGUGGAACCCUCUGUGGGGCAGCAGCUAAGAAUUAAAAUGGAAGAUGGAGAAUUCUGGAUGUCCUUCCAGGACUUCCUCCAUGAAUUCACUCGCCUUGAGAUCUGCAACCUCACUCCAGAUGCACUGAAGUCACGCAAAAUCCGGAAGUGGAACACCACACUGUAUGAUGGCACCUGGCGGCGGGGGAGCACAGCAGGUGGCUGCAGGAAUUUUCCAGCUACGUUCUGGAUUAACCCCCAGUUCAAAAUCAAUCUCGAAGAGGUGGAUGAUGACGAUGAUGAUGGGAGGAGAGAGUCAGGGUGCAGUUUCCUUUUGGCACUGAUGCAGAAACACCGGCGCAAGGAGAGGCGAGUUGGGAAAGACAUGGAGACCAUUGGCUUUGCAGUCUAUGAGGUACCUCCUGAGUGUGCGGGUCAGCCCUCAGUCCACCUGAAGCGAGACUUCUUCCUGUCAAACUCCUCGCGGGCCCGCUCAGAGCAGUUCAUCAACUUGCGCGAAGUCAGCACGCGUUUCAAGCUGCCGCCGGGCGAGUACAUUGUGGUGCCUUCCACCUUUGAGCCUAACAAGGAAGGAGACUUUGUGCUCCGGGUCUUCUCUGAGAAGAAAGCUGGGACAGUGGAAAUGGAUGAUCAGAUCCAGGCUACCCUGCCAGAUGAGAAAGUGCUUUCGGAAGGAGAAAUUGAUGAAGGUUUCAAGCAACUCUUCAGGCAGCUGGCUGGAGCGGAUAUGGAAAUCAGUGUUCGCGAACUGCAGACCAUCCUCAACAGGAUCAUGGGCAAACAUAAAGACCUUCGGUCAAAAGGUUUCAGCAUAGAGUCCUGCCGGAGUAUGGUGAAUCUCAUGGAUAGAGAUGGGAAUGGGAAACUUGGACUUGUGGAGUUCAACAUCCUGUGGACCAAAAUUAAGAACUAUUUGGUGGUCUUCAGGAAAUUUGAUCUUGAUAAGUCAGGAAGCAUGAGUGCCUAUGAGAUGCGGAUGGCUCUGGAGGCUGCAGGCUUCAAGCUCAACAAGAAGCUGUACGAGCUGAUCAUCACCCGCUAUUCUGAGCCAGAUUUGGCCAUCGACUUUGACAAUUUUGUUUGCUGCAUAGUGCGGCUCGAAACCAUGUUCCGGUUCUUCCAAGCCCUGGACACUGACAGAGAUGGAAUCGUCACCUUUGACUUGUUUAAGUGGUUACAGCUGACCAUGUUUGCCUGAAGAAGACACAGCGCCAACCCUGCACGGCUGUCAGGCCUCCCUCCCUCCUGUUUCUUACCUGCAAGUGCCUUGAGUCAGGACGUGGUAGCUUCUUGCUUGAUGCCAUCUCUGCUUCCAGCAAAGCUCCCCUGCUUUCCACACGCAACACUUAGCCUCAUUUGCCUCACGUGCCAGGUAGACUCUCUUGGCUCCCACCAUUGUGCCUGGUCACUUGUGACUUCAGAAGCCUUUCAAGUUCACCACCUCCUGAAAAACCACCUUUUGCUUUGGAUAUCCUGUAGCAGCAGCUUUUGGCAAGAACAGUGGAGUGCCACAGCUGCCGAGGGGCCUUAUUGCUUGAUCACAGGCUUUGUUGUCUUUAAAAGAGAGUCUAUCACAGUGCCAACGUGACUGAUGCCAACUCUGGGCAAGAGUCGUCAGCACUGGGCAAGGCAGUGCAUGCUGGGAAAAUGCUGGCUUCCAGUGGCCAAUCUUUCUAUAGACUUCUUUUGUGCUUUUUUUUCCUGACAUCAUGGUUUGGCUGGACUUCCAUAAUUUCUGUGUUCUUGAGAAGCGUGUGAAGGAAGGGUCAGAUCAUAGCCAAAGAAGCAUUUUUUUUUUAAUGUCUCGUGUUGGACUCUCAGGCAUAUGUCUUAAAGCAUGCCUCUGCCAAACUGGCCACCAAAAUACACUUCUCUCUGUCCUUUUGAAGAUGGGUGCAAGUCUUCCACCAUAUUUCCAGAUGCUUCCCUAUGCUCCCAGUUGCCGACCAUAGCAACCUGGCUCAUCCCAAAAGUAUAAUUACAGCCAUGCACGCUGGGAAUACUCCAUAGGCCAAACUUUCUAAAGGCUUUUUGCCAUUCUUCUAGUAGCUCUCUCUAUCCCACCCUCCCUUCAGAGCAUUCAGGGCAUUAUACAUGGUAUUCCCUUCCUGCUUUGCCACUGCAACUACCCUGUGAGGUAGAGUUAGGCUGAAAGAAAGCGGCAAGCCUAAGGCCACCCAGGUACUAGCCAUUGUACCACACUGGCUCCUCCCACCUCUUAGGCUUCUGUACUGAUUAUUUCACUGUUUGUCAGUGAAAUGCCUACUAAAUUUUGAACCUUCAUGUUGAUGCCAAGGCCUGUUUUCUUCUGGUGCCAGAGUCACUUUCUUUUCAUUGUACAUAUUCCGGCCUCUAGUAUAUUGCCUGUUGACAAACACACGUUGUGGCCGUUUGAGCCCUGAGGCCUGACAAAGGAAUCUUUUCUUAGGAAUAGGCCUUCAGCAAGUGGCCAGUCCUUAGUUCACAUGAGAAAGUCUGAGCCAUGGUGCAUAUAGUGUUUUCUCUGCCACAGUCCAUUUUGGGGGUCUUUGGCACCCUUCAUAAUCUGCUUUGUAGUUCACCACUUAAAUGCCUCUGCAGAUUCACUGAAGAGAUAUUCUGAGAGACUGGCUAAAUCUUGACUAGCUCUGUCUGUACCUUUCAAAGUUUGGGUUCUCACCACUGGUAAAAAAAAAAACCUUUUUAUAUGUUCUUCCCCCUACCUCCUAGAGCAAUUUAUGUAGGAUGCAGUUUAGUCUUACGAGCAAUUCGAAGCACUUGUAGCCAGAGUAUUGUGGGAUCACUGCUGGCAAUAAGAACAUAACUAGAUCCUGCUGGUUCAGACCAGUGGUCCAUCUAAUCCAGCAUUCUGUUUCACACAGUGGCCAACCAG